AUGUUCAAGAAGAAGAACAAGAAGAAUGCGUUUAACGAACAGAUCGAAAGCAGCUCCAUCUCCCAGCCCUUUGAUCUUAAGCGCGGGAUAAGUGUGCGGUACGAUCCCCAGACGGGGAAGUUCACUGGCUUACCGGAGGAGUGGCAAAAGCUGGGGCUUAUCCCAGAGUCUAUGAUAAGUACUAUCACAGAUAUGGCCAACGCAGCUCCUAGCUUAGAGGACGGUGGGAACGGUGACAAACCUCUCAUUAAAUUAUCUAGCCAGUCUAUUGACAAGCAGAUAGACUUUCACACGGGUAACAUAGCUCCUUCCUUCUUGGCCACAAACGCUACUCUAGACUCUCUCUACCAUAUAGAUCAGAUGGACAUUCUUACAGACGCCGUGAAACCGACGCUUCCUAGCAAGAAGCUGCUGCGCAGCCUCCAAACGCAAAACAUCUUCAUCAGUAGACCCACCGGCUUUACACACAAGAAUCACGUGACCGUAGAUCCUACUAAUGCAACAAGGUACAUUGGUCUGCCGAAGGAGUGGGAGGCGAAGCUGGAGGCCGUGGGGUUGGAUAUCCAGAAAAUAGGGCAGAACAAGGACGAUCUGGACGCUCUCUGCGCAAUCAUGGAUAACUUUUAUGAUGAUAAGAUACCCAUAAAACCAGAUGAUCAGGAUUUCAUGAUCCAGGCAUUUGAUGGAACGGACAAGUAUGCAGUCCCCAAGUUCCACAGCCUCCCCACAGCAGACACAUAUAAUGACAUUCUCGAGAAGCUCCACGACAACUUCACAGAAGUUAAUACAAUUGCAGAUGUCUAUAGCAAUCCACAGGAGGUCGGGCACGGGUCGUCCGGGCAUGUCUAUCGCGCCACAGAGAUAAAGACUGGCAAUGUCGUUGCCAUAAAAUCUAUAUCUGCAAUAAAUUUCCUUACAGACGAUGGAAAGAAGGUCCGUGACAUAAAAUCUGCGGAAGCUGCGACACUCAUGGCUCUGAAGAAUGAAGUAGCCCUCAUGUAUCUUUCAAAAGAGUGCGAGUACAUAGUAAAGCUCCACAAAGUAUACUUUUCCAAGGCAGCCAAGGAGUUUUAUAUGAUUAUGGAUUACUGCAACGCUAACUGUCUGACCAACAUCUUGUCCAGGCACGGAUACAUAAAGAACGAGCGUGUCUCCUGUAUGAUUAUUCGUGACAUUCUAAAAGCCCUGAACCAUUUACACGAGAACCAUAGAAUUUACCGGGAUCUGAAGUCUGACAAUGUCCUUCUAAACGCUGAGCUCAUCAACAGCUUAGCCCAGGACGGGGCCAUAACAAAGAAGAAGAAGUUUUCGCUAAAGCUGUCUGACUUUGGCUUUGCAGUCCAGCUGAAUACGAAGCAGCCUACGCGCAAGUCUGUGGUAGGCACUCCAUUUUGGAUGGCUCCCGAGCUCAUACGCGGCACAGAAUACAACACAAAGGUAGAUUGCUGGUCACUGGGAAUUGUUGUGCUGGAGCUUUGCGAGUCUCUUCCCCCGCACAUGGAGAUGCAGCCACUCAAGGCUGUUUUCAAAAUUGUCACCAGCCCUGCUCCCAGCUUCAAGAAGCCAUCGCAGUGGACACCAGAGCUCAACGACUUUUUGGCCAGGUGCCUCGAUAAGGACCCUGAUAGUAGAUGGAGCUGUGCCCAGCUCCUUGAGCAUCCAUGGAUUAAGAGUGUGGACAACGCCCCCUUGGAUUUAAGUGAUUACUUCUAG